CCGCGCGAGGAGCGGGGGUGGCGUGGUUGGUUUGUGGUGUAGAUAAAGGCAAUAUAUAAAUUUAGUUCAGAAUUAUACACUGUGAAAAGCAUUGUAUUAGACUCGACGUCGAGUUUAAUAUGAGGGUGCAAAUUUUGUCAAGUCAUAAGCUCUUUGUGAGAUCAUGCCUGAAUCAGGCCCCCUCAGCUCAUGUUCCACUAGGCAUGAGGGGCAUGGCAGGUGAUGCAUCCAGGAUCAAAGAACCUAAAAAGCAUGCCAGACUGGAAGCCCUGCGGGCACAAGAAUUGGCACCGUUGAGCAACUUCUUGACGGACAGCUUUGGCCGGUUCCAUGACUACCUGCGUAUCUCGCUCUCAGAGCGCUGCAACCUCAGAUGCCAGUAUUGCAUGCCCGAGGAGGGCGUGCCGCUGACGCCCAAGUCGCACCUGCUCACUGCUGAGGAGGUCGUGCGGCUGGCCGGCCUGUUCGCCGCCGCCGGCGUCACCAAGGUCCGGCUGACGGGCGGCGAGCCUCUGGUGCGCGCUGACCUCGCAGACGUCAUCGCUGGCCUCAAAGCCAUUCCCGGCAUCCAGUGGGUCGCCAUGACGACCAACGCUGUUGUGCUGCACCGCCGCCUGGCGGCGCUGCAGGCGGCCGGUCUUGACGCAAUCAACAUCAGCCUGGACACCCUGGUGCCGGCCAAGUUCGAGCUGAUCACACGUCGGCGCGGCUUCCAUCGCGUUUGGCAGAGCAUUCAGACGGCGUUGGCAGCGGGGUACGACCCGGUCAAGCUGAACUGCGUCGUUAUGCGCGGCGUCAACGACGAGGAGCUGGAGGACUUCGUGGCGCUGACGGAGACGUUCCGGCUGGACGUGCGCUUUAUCGAGUACAUGCCGUUCGACGGCAACCGCUGGAACGACCGCAAGAUGGUGCCGUACGCUGAGAUGCUGGAGCGGCUGCAGCAGCGCUGGCCCGAGCUGCGCCGCAUCUCCGACCGCGCCAACGACACGUCCAAGGCGUACCAGGUGCCGGGCUGGGCGGGGCAGGUGGGCUUCAUCACGUCCAUGUCGGAGCACUUCUGCGGCAGCUGCAACCGACUCCGGCUGACGGCCGACGGCAACCUCAAGGUCUGCCUCUUCGGCAACGCGGAGGUCUCGCUCAGAGACGCUUUGCGUGGCGGAAUGUCCGAAGAAGAGCUGAUGCGUCUCAUCGGAGCUUCCGUCGGGCGGAAAAAGAAACAGCACGCAGGCAUGCUGGAUCUGGCCCACAUGAAGAACCGGCCGAUGAUCCUCAUUGGUCCCACCGGCACCGGUCGCCACCGCCUCGGGCGCCGCGGCUCCAGCGUCCCUCGUCCCCUCCUCCGCUUUCCGACGAACGGCGGCGCCCGGCUUCUCGCCGUCCGCCAGCUGGGCGACGACGCCACCAAGCGGCCUCCGGUGGCGUCGCCGGACGAGGAGCGAGGCGGUGACGGCGCCGAGCGAUCCUCGCGGAAGUCGCCGCCGAUCGGAGGGGGCAGCGGCGGCGCCUUCCGCCGAGAUUACUGGGACCAAUACGCUAGCUACUACGGCACCACUCCUGUCGCAGGUGUCGAUCGGUCGGCUGACCGGCCCCAUGUGGGACCGGCCGACUCCUCCGACCUGCCCGUCUUCCCCUCGCGGGGGUCGUCCGGGCCAGCCGCCUCCCGUCCCGACGCCCCGCACCCUCCCAGCUCGCAGCCGCUGCUGGCCGCCGCGGAGCCUAGCGCGGACGGCGAGCUUCCGCGCCCGGCCCCGGGCGACCCGCUGCCCUCGGACGUGGGCGAGCUGCUGAGCCGCGGCCAAACCCACACGGAUGCCGCCGGCCGCGCCGUCAUGGUGGACGUGGCCGGCAAGCCGUUCACGCAGCGUCGCGCCGCCGCCUCCGGCCGCGUCCUGCUCGGUGCCGAGGCGUUCGCGCUGGUGCGCGCCAACGGGCUGGCCAAGGGCGACGUGCUGGUGGUGGCGCAGCUGGCCGGCAUCCAGGCGGCCAAGCGGACGGCCGAGCUGGUGCCGCUGUGCCACCCUCUGCCGCUGGGCCGUGUGGCCGUGACGCUCACGCUGGACGCGGCGCACGAGGCGGUGCUCGUACGCGCCGAAGUGCGCUGCACCGGCCAAACCGGCGCCGAGAUGGAGGCGCUGACGGCCGUCACCGUCGCCGCGCUCACCGUGUACGACAUGUGCAAGGCGGUCAGCAAGGAGAUCGAGAUCAGUGAUGUACGGCUGGAGGCGAAGUCGGGCGGGCAGAGCGGCGACUACCGGCGAGAUCGGCGCUGAGGGCAGGGGUCCGGCUGGGGGACGGCUGCGGGAGGGGCGUGCUGCACGCGGCCAGGCGGGAGGUGGCGAGUGGGUGCCGUCGCGCAGAGAGUGCAGUGCAGAGAGUGCUCAGGGAGGUCGAGGGAGGCGGACGUGGACGGAGGUAGAUGGGCGAUGCGCGAUAUGGAGGGUGUCGGAGCACUGGGAUGCGGGGGUAAUAACGGGUGAUCAGCUGUGUGCCCAAUCGUCGACGCCUUGGAUGCUCGAGUGCAAUGGUUCCGUCCGUUGGGGGCGAGAUUGAAGUCGGUGAGAUUCGCCCGAAUUGUCUCGGAUCUGUGACAGUCUGGCUGUGACGGAUGUCGCUGUGUUGGACAGGAGGCUUAAAGUUGCAAAAAAAUUACGGGUCGGUGUUCUGCGACAAUAGCCGGGCAUCCAAUGUGGAUAGAUAUCGCAUGCCCGCCGAAUUACAAUAUAAUUGUUAAGAGUAGCCACAUUCAUGUGCUGGGCACAUGAUGAGCUGACGCAUCCUGCUGCGAUCGAGCGUUAUAUAAUUGUGGUUGGUUGUGGGAUGCUUCCGUUAUCACUAGACUAAUUCUAGUUACCUCAUAAUGAACCCGUCCUGUCAUUUGUUCGUACUUGACCUAUGGCAGAUGCCAAGUAAAGGUCGGGUAACUAAUCAGGUAUUGGUACCCUGGCAGCAUACGCGCCGAUGGUACCAGAUAAUGGCUACAUGAUCGACGAGUUCGCUGUUGGGCGUUGCAAAGCGUCACUGAUGCUUGUCGACGUUCGCUGGAACGUUCGGGGGGCGAGAGGCCAGCCGGGGAUAACGGUGUUUGGUAUUAGUCUAGUCGCGUAGGGCACUUUUAUCAUUGACACAAAUUACUCUGUCUUGUAUGUACGGUUGCCAUUACAAGGCGGCCCGUGGCUGACUGAUGGAAUGGCGCACGUACGGUUAGCAUAAUCGGCAGCUUAGCUUGUUCGCUUUCCGUCUGUGAUGAGGCACCGUGCUCUGCCACUCAAGCCUGCCUUACGACGUGUACCUGGCCUGUGUUGUGGUUUUGUCGAAGUGAAUGCGGUAUUUUACGGCCGCGAUCUUCCAGGGCUAUUGUAAAUCGGCGUUAUUCUUAGCACUGGUUGACGCUGUGGUACUCAAGAUGCAGUAUGCAUCCCGUCUCAAAUACAAUCCGAAUCAACUGGAAA